GCAUGCGCGUGAAAAGAAGCCCGGAAGUAUCUGCUAACUGGACCCUGUGUUAUCGAAUGGACCGCAGCUAAAGCUAAUAUACAGAAGCACAAAUGGACAGAUACUGCACAGGCUCGCCUACGUAACGUUGAGGAGAUCUACACAUGCCUUGAAUAUGGCAAAGGUUGUUCGGACGACUGCUUUAGUUUUAUAUCUCUGGACUGUUUUCAUGCACUUCAGUCGUAUGUCCGGUCUCGGGAUCAAUGAGUUGCUUUACUUCCGGGUCAUCAGUCCGAAGGAGAUAGGGUACAUCUUCAGCGCAGCACCUGCAAAAGACUUUGGAGGAGAUUUUACGUCCUCGUAUGAUCACAUCUUCCUUGUGCCUUCGGACCCGGCAGAUGGCUGCUCAGAGUUGGAGGACAGAGAAAUCAUACAGGGACAAGUGGUGUUGGUGGAAAGAGGAGGUUGCUCCUUUGUUCAAAAGGCCCGACAUGUGGAGGAAGCCGGAGGCAAAGCCGUCCUGAUCGCCGAUGACGCAGCGGACAACGACAGUCAGUACCUCGACAUGAUUGCCGACGGAAGCACUGCCAAACCAAGCAUUCCUGCCCUGUUCCUGCUGGGACGGGACGGGAUGAUGAUCAGACGAUCGCUUGAGAGACAGGCCCUGCCGUGGGCCGUCAUUUCCAUUCCUGUCAACGUUUCCUCAUUGGCCUCGUUUCCACUCAAGCAGCCCCCGUGGACACUGUGGUAGAAAUGACGCACUACCACAACUCCACGCGCCUCCUCACUCUAUAAACAGUUGGGUCAUCGUCGCAUUUCCUGUCAAUGCUGAAUAGGGAAAGUUCUUCAGUGUUCAACAAAUAAACAAGCCAGUAAAAUUAGCAUAAGUACACGGUUAUGGCCCGCUUAAAAACGUGGCUUGAGCCUUUACAACAGUGUUUGAAUGGACUAUUCAAUCAGGUGAGACGACUUCAGCAAGAAACACGCAUGCUUCUUCUCAGUGCUCAGAUGGUUUUUUAAUGUAAUGAGUCUUCAGGGCAAAUUGCUGGUGACCCGGAAGAUUGUAAUUAAUACAACUCCUAAAACAGCAUAACUUGAAUGUCAUCUCCCUGUAAAAUAAUAAUAAACUCCUGCUUAUUUACAUUAAGUUAAACACCAACACAAAUGUUCCUCUUAGGGUUAAUUACAAUUUCAAAUAACCACAAUUUAUGUCUAGUACUGACUGUUUUGUAAAUGUACUAAUACAAGCACAAAGGCAGAGUCUUGACUACCAAAAAUAUAUUGAAACGUAGACUCAUUGGUGGUUGCAAUACAUUAAUGGCAGCUGAUCAAUGACAAAUCAAUUGUUUUCCUCCUGGAUAUUAAAUGGCAUUCGAUGAUGUUUUGUUUAUUCUCUUGUAUCUUUAUUAAUAACGUGCAAGGAGGUCACUACAUUCUUUGAAAUUAAAUCGGGGAAGGUAUAGCACAAAACAUUUCAAAUAAAUGUCUUGGAACUUGAUGGAGGAGACACAAAGUAUUAGAUUUUUGUUUUUAGUUUUUUUUUCAUGUACGAUCUUUAGCAAAAUGUCAACCUGCUGACCAGCUAGUUUCAAGUUUUGCUUUGAAGAUCCUAUAUGGCUUCUGCAGCAAGGCGCGUCGUCUUUGCAAGUUUCCAGUUACCCUUCCAGUUAUUUAAGGUAGAACAUAGAGACGUUAUAAUGAUGCAAUAGACUUACUGGACUUGAAUGCAUUUUAUUGGACUGUCUGCUGCUUGAACAGUGUUCUUUAACAUCUGUAAUUUUCCCUGCUGUCCUGUCUCCAUAUAGGGAGCGGCUGGUGUCCACAAUGAGCCUUCUGCAAUUUUCACAGGAUUUUUUCUUUGUCUUCAUUUGAUCUAGCUGAUGAUGCACUGAUGCACCAAUUUACUUUAAGGCACAUUUGGUAUGAAAGCAGAGGUUACACAUAUAGUGCUGUAUUCAGUUGUUUAUUCAUGUGGAUUUAAAGAAGAAAAGCAGACUUUAUAAGGUCUACCACAUAUGGGUAAUGUAGCAUAGUUUAUAAUUCCACAUUCUAUUGCCUUACUAUGUGAAAGUCAUUAUAGAGCCUGUACAUUUGCAUUGUCCCUUAGAAGAAAUUGACAUACUGAUUAUUAAAUUAAAGAUAUUGAAUGAAAAUAAAUGACAUUUGUGUUA